AUGGGCAGCUACCUGAGCUCACCUCAGUCCACACUGCAGCCCCUGGCCCAGGGGACCCCUAACCUGUGGCCUGGCCUGGCCCGGGCCCAGGAAGGGGACCUCAAGGGGCGCUGCAUCAGCACCCGGCCCUUCCCCCAGAUGCGGCGGGACUGGGGGCCCGCCAAGCCCCAAAGGGUGGUCCGGGAGGCGUGGAUGCGCCUUCCUGCCACAGCGCCCCCUGGGACCACCGCGGACCUUUCCUGCGCCUGGGAGAGUAGUUACACGAAGUGGAGGCUGGUGAGCCCCCGGUCCCCAAGACGGAUCUCCAGCCCGGUGACCAUCAAGAUCGCGCCUCUGGAGCACAAGGGGGGCCUCUGUGCACCCCCAGAGCAGGGGGCCCGCCCUGGCGGGAGCCCACCCCCCGAGGAGCGCUGCGACCCCUGUACCAAGGAGACCGUGCUGAGAGCGCUCCGCCAGUGCAAGAAGGGGAGGCGGAAGUUCGACAGGCCCCUCUGGUUUGAGACCCCGGAGGGCAGCGGCGGGGCCCGGGGCCUGCAGCCCAGGCCCUCUGCCUUCAAGCCCCUGGCCAGAAACGGGGUGCUGCCCCACUACAUGCCCCGGCCGGGGCCUCUGGAGAGGAGCCUCUGCUCUUGA